ACGACUGGAACGACGAUCGUAGUCGAGCCAAGCAAGAGUAUGGAAACACUUCACAAUGAGACAAACAAUGACUGUCAGCUAAUUGUGGUGCAACAAAAUCUACGCACGCUGCCUGCGUCAAUGCUGAAGCAAUAUGCUGACUAUGUGGAGUAUAUGGAUUUGAGCAACAAUUGCCUGAAGGAUCUGGCAUGGCUGGCGGAAUUUGAGCAACUGCGUUAUCUGGUGCUUGAUAACAAUUGUUUGCAAGAGUCUCAGCUGCGCACACUAGUGAAGCCGUUGCCACAGCUGGAAGUGCUUAUGCUUAACAAGAAUGAGUUCAGUGAUCUACCCACAACUGUUAAGCUGUUGCGACGACUUUUUCCCAAUUUGCAGUAUCUCAGCCUACAUGGCAAUCCCAUCUGUCCCGAUGGGCUCAAUUUAAAACCAUUCUCAAACUACUUACAAUACGACUACAAAUACUACAGCAAUUUUAUAGCACAAUCAUUUAGCCAUUUAAAGUUUCUGGAUCACGGACUAGUUCAACGCAGCUAUAGCUAUGAAACUUUUCCGAACAAUAUCUAUGCCAAAACAGAUAGCAAAAUAAAAACUACAAAAGUCUAAUAUCAUUAACAGCUGCUAUAAUUAAAAUUAACAAAAUGUAGCUAUUUGUGACAUUUAAUGGCUGUUUAUUAUUUCGAGCUCUCAGCAUUUAGCCAAGACACACACCCAUGCAGCAGCUUACGCGACAAAAGCUUUUUAGCACACGAAGCAGCGCACAAAGCAGAGAGCGCAAUAAAACAGCGCAAAAACAAAAACAAAUGAAUUAUACAUAAGCUUAGGCAACUAAGCACUUGUCUGCACGCUAUAUUGAGUAAUAUUAAAAUUUCAAUCAAUA